AUGGCCGACGCCAUCGAAGCAUUCCUCGCGCAGCAUCAACAAGGCGAGGAGCCUCACAUUCCACCGCGUCACUCGACAUGCUGCUGCGGCAACGACGCCUGCCCCUACUUGAAACACAACCAGGCCGCGCUGGAUGGGUUGGAGAGGGACGUUUCCACCGCCGCCCGGCUGGGUCAGGCGCUGUUGAUGCGCCAUGAGGCCUACAUCGCCGACUCGGAGAACGAGCGCAAGGACAUGGCGGCGCAGAUUGAGUCGUUGGCGGCAGAUAAACAAUCGCUCGAAAGGCGCAACGCCGAUUUUGUCGAGGAGAACCGCAGCCUAUUGAACCAGCUCGAAGCCCUCAACACUGCUGUUACCGAGUCCGACGCGCAUGUCGCCAACCUGCAAGCAACACUUACUUCGACGCAGCAAGAGAUGCAACGCUUGGCCCAGCUUGCAUCGAGGACGGAGAGCUUGGAGCGCCAACUAGCGGAGUUUGAGCAAGAGCAGGCUAUCUGGCAAUCAAAGAUGGAGGAAAAGGAACUCUCGGAGAGGUCGGCGUUGCGGAGAUGGCAGACGGCGGAGCGUACCUUGGCGCAGAUACAGGAUCAAAUUGAGCAGAUCGAGCGCGAGGCGAAGGAGGAGCGCGAGAGGCAUGCUGAAAUUGUCGGACGUAUGGAGAGGAGGCGCGUGGUAGAGCAGGAGUUGGGAUCGGCGGCCGGACGUCUGAAGAGCGCUGCUGCGCUCAAGAACGCAGACCGAGACGCUACCAACGAUGGCGUCGUGUCGCACUUUGUCAAGGAUAUCUUGCAGGACAACGCCAAUCUGCAGACCGGCAUUGUGGAGCUGCGUGAAAUGCUCAACAACUCGAAUGAGGAAGUGGAGAAUUUGCGCAAUCAAUUAUUGCUGCACCAACCUACGGAUGAGAGCGAGGACGUGCCGCUGCCUAGCGCUGAGCGAAAGGAUCUGGGGCUGGAGAUGAACAGAGCGAAAUCACAAGAACUGCACGUACACCACCACUACCACGCGCCGCCAGCCGCGCCAAAAGCACCACCUUUGCGGCGACCGAAGAAGAAGCGAUACAAGCCACACUCCAACACCCCGCCACCUAUCUCCACCAUCGCCAUCCACCAUCAACCCUUCCAACCCUCUCUCCGCCGCGCCGCCUCCCACGAAUCUCUCCUCUCAGUCUCAGGCAUGGACAUCCACACCCUCAAAUCCCGCCCCUCGCAGCUCCUCGCCCCCUACGCCAACCGCGCCCUCACCUCCCAAGCCGUCAUCAGCGACACCACAGCGCACGCCACGCGGCCCGUGCCCCUGACUCGACCUGCUGCUGCUGCGGGACUGGGGAAGAAGGUUGGUGGAUGGGUUUUUGGGAGGUGGGGGGCUACGCCUGCGCCUAGAAAGGCGGACGUGGGCGGCGCCGGGACUGCAGCCGCCGUCCCCAAAGGCAAAGCAAUGCGUGUCGUGAGUGAUGGCGCGAUCGCGGCAGGAGAGAAAUCGGCGCCGACCAUGCCGAAAAUACCAAAAGUGCGCUCACCUGGGAUCAACCAGUCAGGGCCUCUCCUGGGCUUUUUCGAGGAAGUCAGAACGCUGCCUGCGGCGCCGGUAUUGAAAAGUCUGGACGAGGAGGCAUUGAGGGAUGUGUUGGGUGAAUGA